GCCGCUCAUAUUUCAACAGAACCCCAGCAAGUGUACUCCUGUUCAUCAUUACCUGUUAACAACUUUGAAAGAAAUGAUACUAAUACAGCAAUACCACUUCUUACAUUACCUUCAUACUACCAAAAUGACAUGGAAGAUUCAAGUUCUUCUGAUAGUUCAUUCCACUCAUCUUUAUAUUCUUCCACAUCUGUACAAGAAAUUGUACCUGAGAAUAAAGAAGAAGCAAGCAAGAAAUACAUACAGGAGAAGAAUCGAGACCAUGAUAGUGGAACCCAAUCUAAGCUACAGUGUCAGCUGGUGAAAGAAUCUAUUUCUGUGGAUCGCAUUCCAGCCUCUGGUUCUGCAGUAUCUUAUUCAUAUCUAGAUCAAUCUGAAAGUGGCUCUUCAUUAUACAUUUUUCCACUGAAUAAAAGCAAGCCUCAAGAAAAAUCUGCAGCAAACAACUUACCUGGUGAGCAAGAACAUCUACAUUAUGGUAUUGGGCAUAUGAGCUAGUCACGUCCUCGUGUCCUAUAUGGUACUGGUAAGGGGGCCAUGAUGUUCAGCCAGCCACCAUCGCUAAUUCAUUGCAAAAAAGAUGUAUUUGUCAACCCUCUUGCACCAGAAGCACCACUGUUGCCUUCUGAUAGGCUGAUACACCUUGCCAGCUCUAAAAGACCAUCUGCUCCCAGGACUGUUAGCUCGCCAGUAACAUCUUCAUUCGUUGUUUUGGAAACUACAACAUCUGCUUGCUUAAAGACCACUUCUAAAAUGCAUCUAAAGAUGCCACCUGAAUUCACUUCAACACCAGCAUCUCAUGAAUGUUUGGAACUGCAACCAGGUCGUCCAAGUCCACAGAGUCAAGAUCAGAUGAUCACUUCACUUUUAUCUUCUUCAGUAAUUGCAUUAAGUAAGUCAUGGGAUUUGGCUUUAGAUCUCAUUGACUCUGCUAUAGCCGUGCAAUCAAAAUAUUCCAUUUGUCAACCCGUGAAGUCUUUUCCAAAAUCACCAAAAACUGCAAAAUCAUCACCAGCAUCUGCAUCAAAAUCAAGCUCUGCAAGUGGACUACUACCACAAAACCAAGUCUCAAAUACAUCAGGUUUUUCGAGUGCCCAAUUACCAACAUCUCCCAGGGUACCACGCUCUGUUUCAGUACCUGCCUCAUCAAACCAAAAAACGGAAAUGUCUUCAAAUUUGUCACCAUCACCAAAACCAUCAUUGUCUUCGAUGAAAUCAACAUCCGCUUCAAGCCACAGAUCUCUUGCAAUAACUCAGCCUGUAAAUCCAAAUCCUGGGAAUCAAAAUCCUUCAUCAGUCCUGCCAAUGAUAGGCAAAGCAAGGAACACACUGAUGGAAGCCAUAAGAGCAGGCGUUCAACUACGCAAAAUUCCUAAAGAGAGAACAAGUGCUGAGUUACCUGAAAAUGACGCAGAUAUGAUCCGGGACUGUGGUAAAGAAAUGGGGUAUAAUUCCGGAAAAUCGGAUAGCGAAAGUGAAUGGGCUUAACAACCAAACAUAAGCAAAUAAACCCAUCAAAGUAAAAACUAGUAUUUGUUGUGUUCUAUUACAUCUAAGUCAUUUCUAGUGUUCUAAUUUCCCCCCUUGAAUUAGAACCCCUAUCAUAACUACACACACACACACACACACACACAGAGAGCAUCCAAAGGUUUCAUACAAAGCUUUAAUAUUUAAAAUAAUGGAUUUUAGUGCAAAAGAAGUUAGCUGGGGAGUUUACAGAUUCAGAAGGUGAGUCCAUGACCAUCGUGGUAAGCAGAAUGGCAUCAAGCAGGUAGGCAUGGAGCAGUAGCUGAGAGCUUACAUAUGAUCCAUAGCUAUUGGCAGACAGACUCUGGACUUAGCAUGGGCUUUUGAAACCUCAGUUCCCAUCCUACUGACAUACCUCCAACAAGGGCACGCUUCCUAAUUCUUAACUAAACAGUCCACCAACUAGAAAUAUAUAACCUUAUGGGGUCAUUCUCAUUCAAACUACCACAAAUGACUUUAUCAUAUUCACCAGACUGCAGACCAGGAUAAACCAAGGUAAGCCGUAGCAACUAUACCACAAUCUGAAUACCCUGGAAAUUCCCACUAUCAAAGUUCAUUCACUUUACAUUCAGACUAUCAAGACAUGAAGACAAUACAGGCAAUUUCUUUGCAAGAAUAUAAUGUAGAUGGCUCCUAGCACAAUUUCUGACAGUUGAUGUUUCAUUCUGAAAGCUCACAAACUGGGCAGCCACUGUCUUUCUCUAAGCAUUCUUCUCUUUCAAGCUCCCAUGAGAGAAUGGGUCAUUAAAUAUUCCAUAGAGUAUACAAGGCCUAUUGUACAAAGUAACAAACUUGAAUAUUCCCCCCACAUACCAACUCCAAGGGCCCAAUAACCACAAGGCUUCUCAGUAUCAAUUUUUUUCAUUAGUUACUUCUCCUGAUGCUGAAACUUAAGGAAGCAAAGGCUAAUUUUGGCACAUAGAUUGAGGAUACAGUCCAUUGCUGCAGGGAAGUCAUGGUACAAGAGCUUAUAAUAGUAUCACAGGUGUGCCGUCCAGAAGUAGAUAAUGGUUAAUAUUG